AUGCAUCUGGGAAGAGGCGAAAACAGACGGCACGCCAAGGUACAGAGCCGGCUUUCUGCGUGUGGCUUUGGCGUGAGGGCGAGUUUCUCCGCGCCGCCCGCAGCCCACCCGGCACCCGGAGCAUCCCGGAGGGCCCGGCCGCCUUUUUGGGAGCAGUUCUCCAGGCAACCACGCCCCUCCCCUUCCCCCCGCCCGCAGGAAGUGCCACCGCCCAGCGCGGGCCCCCGGGCAGCGCCUCCGCCGUCUCCCGAGCUGGCACGCGCCGCCCUUGGAUCAGCCUGGGCGCGCCCGGGCCCAGACGCGCACGAAGUCUCCUCCCGAAGCCCCGGCCCCGAAGGAGAAAACGCCGCGCGCAGGGCCCAGCGCGCCCCCGCUUUGGGGAAGCCCGGGCCCGGCCGGCGGCAGGGUGGCGCCCUCUGGGGCCCUCCCGAGGGUCAGCUGCGGGCGGCGGCCGGGGCGCGGCGGGCGCGGGAAGCCAGAGGACGGCUGACUCAUCUUCCUUCCCGCCGCCGCAACCCAUGUGACUCACGGUGGAACUCAGCCCACAUCCAGAUUCCAGCACCGGCAGCAGCCCCGUGGGAGGAACCAUCCAUCACCACGGCCUCUGAUCCUGGGCCUUUUGAUUCAUGCUACAACACAGAGGAACCUUGAGGACAUUAUGUUAAGUGAAUGCCCUCUGCUAUAGUCUGGGAAACUCUGCCAGGUUCUGAGCCAGCGAAGGAAGAAGACGGCCUCACCCUGCGGACCCCACCCUCCAGGAAUGGAUUUAUGCUUCAUUGUUGGUGGCAACUAUAGAAACCACAG